AUGCCCAAGAGAGAGGCUGAAGGGGAUGCUAACGGCGAUAAAGCCAAGGUGAAGGAUGAAGCUCAGAGGAGAUCAGCAAGCUUAUCUGCUGAACCUGCACCUCCAAAACCAGAGCCUAAGCUUAAAAGGGCCCCUGCCAAGAAGGGAGAGAAGGUGCCCAAAGGGAAACGGGGGAAAGCCGAUGUGGCUUGGAUGGGAACAGCCCAGCAGAACAUGGAGAUGCCAACAGACCAGGCACGGAAAGCUGAAGGUGCUGGAGAUGCCCAGUGA